CAAAAGGGGAUGAGAGAGCACAGGGAGCCUCGGACCUGCAGCUGAUACAGAGCCGCGCCGCUGAUUACAGGCAAAAGGAAACGGGGCGUUGGAGGUGAGCGGAAGGAGAGAAAAUGGCGAGUUUUGGAAAACUCACAGACUACUUUAAUCGUCGUAAGUCUCGAGAGGAACUGCGGGUGGGCAGAAGCUCGGGGCGCAGUGGGAGUUACUGCUGCACUGUGGCAGAGGCCAGGUCCCUGGAAAGGAAGCUACAGAGACCCAUACUGGCAAAGUCCCGUACCCUCCCCAGCAUUCCUCAGUCUCCAACGGUCUCCAGGGUCCACCAAUCUGAUCUCAUUGGUGGGAGUCCUCCACGCAGGAACAACCCGUCUUCCACCACCACCCACUCAAAGGCUUGCACUUUGCCACCUUCAGGAGAGCUGUGGCGUUUGGAGGAUGACAUGGAGGGAGACGACGAGACUGAGCAGAGGGGCUGCACAGAGGCCCGCCCCCGCUCCCAGUCUCCCUUUUCUCACUUCCGGGCGCGAGCCGCCUACCUCCGCAAGAGCGUGUCAGCAGAUGACCACUUGGACAUGGGCUCAGACUACGGCUCGAGGGCCCCAGCUGAGGGCAAGCCAAGCCGUUGUAGCAAGGGGAAGCUGAAGAGGAAAUUUAGUCUGGGCUCUGCAGAUCGGAAAGAGAGUCCGCAUAAAAAGUCAGAGUCAGGAAUCUCCAAAUUUACUCAUCGUCUGUCUCUGAAAGAACGUCCAGCUAAGGCAGAAAGGACAACUUCAGACAGACCAUCAUCGUACAGGAGACGAUCGCUCAGUGUGGACUGGGCUGACUCCGCCAAGAUGACGCAGCCCAUGAGAGGAGACCAGGCCCACCAGCCGGCUUCAACUCGCAAGUCAGCCAGCCUGUCCUCGCCAAGCGCAGCUCGCCGUCUAUACCGCAAUUUGUCUGGAAAGUUCCGCGUGGGCACCAACCCCCCUGUUCUGGAGGACAGCGUGGUGUCAGGACGGGGAGGGGACAAGGAGAGGCUGCGUAAAACCACCAUAUUCCAGAGUAAUGAAGCUUUAUUUGAGGCAGUGGAGCACCAAGAGUUGGACUUGGUCCAACUGCUUCUGUCCCAGUACAGUCUUGAGGAGCUGGACCUCAACACUCCCAACAGUGAGGGCCUCCUGCCUCUCGAUAUUGCCAUCAUGACCAACAACGUGCCAAUGGCCAAGCUUCUGCUGCGAGCCGAAGCCAAGGAAAGCCCCCACUUUGUGAGUCUGGAGGGCCGAGCCGUGCAUUUGGCCACUUUGGUGCAGGAGGCUGAGCAACGAGUGUCAGAGCUUCAAGCUCAGGUGCGCAAUGAGGGUCCCAGUGAACGUGAGGGGUCUGACCAGGACAGGCAGCUCAAAGCAUGGGAGUGGCGGCUGCGGCUCUUCCGCCGCAUGCAGACGGGCUUUGAGCACGCUAACCCUCCAGAAGCUCCCAGUGUAGUCCGCCUGUCUGUCAGCAGCAGCAACAGUCUCCAGGUCGACUUCCAGGAACCUCUCUGUGUCAACUCUGCUGUAGUGACUAAAUACAAAGUGAGUUGGAGCAAUACCCCUUCGUUCAGUCCUCUGCUGGGUGAGAUGGUAGUGGACGACACCACUCUGCUGCAGUGCAACAUCACUGGACUGAUUUCGGGGACCUAUUACUACACACAGGUGGCAGCCUACAACAUGAAGGGAUGGGGACCUCCAAAAGUUUCCACCCCAGUCUGCGCUGCACCCUCCAGUUGGAGGGACAUUGAUGGCCGUGCCCCGCGCCAGAGAGGCCAGAAGGAGGCACUUGACCAUCUGCUUGGACAGAUAAAAGAAGCUCACCGCAACUGUGUCUGCCAUGAACAGUGCAAAGCUCCAACACAAGGCAGGAAGCACUCGGUGUCCAAAAGCCUGCGCCACCUCUUCCAGCCCACCAGCAAAUUUGUCAAAAGCUUGAAAAGAGGUCUCUAUCUGACAUCCAUAUUCUACAGAGAUGACAACGUGUUGGUGACUCCAGAGGAUCAGAUUCCUAUUGUGGAGAUUGAAGAUUCUUAUUCCAGCUCACUUAUGCAGGACUUCCUCUGGUUCACCAAGGUGUCCUACCUAUGGGAGGAGAUUUCCUGGCUCCAGCAGUGUCUCAGUCCCUCCCAGUCAUCAUGUUCAUGCACUCUGCAGACUCGGCUCAAAAUGCUGCAGGCUGUCUCUCAGUUGCAGGGCAUGCUGGGAACCCAGGACCUUGGGCAGGUAUAUUUUGAGCCAAUCAAAGACAAACACGGCAAUGCCUUAAUAGCGCUCCUAAAGGAUAUGAAGGCCAGUCCCAACCUGGAUGGGGUACGAUGGACACAGCUUUGUAAACUACAGCUCCAACGCAAGUCCAUCUCGUCCCCUGAGGAGCCCACUGCCUUGGACAUGCUCCUCAUCACACUCCACGAGAAGUUGGCGUAUCACAGGCGUAGCAGGAAGCUUUUAGCUCCAGGAUUAUACCUUGGCUACUUGAAACUGUGUACAUCAGUGGAGCAGAUAAGGGCGCUGGUGCCCCAGAAGCUCCCCAACGUCCUCUGUCACACCAAAAUCCGAGACAACAGUAACGUGUCCAGAGAGGAGUGGCAGUGGCUGCAGGCCCUCAGUUCUCUGGAGGAGUCAUUGGAAAUGGACAAUGAUGUGCAGAGCGCCCCGCAUCGCCUCCUGCAUGACCUGCGCAGCGCAAUUAAGGACCUGAUGGCACACAUCAAUGUUCCUGGCAACCAGGCACAGGAUUUCCGCAUUUACAGCCAGGAAGUGUUGGAGUUUGGGGAGAAAGUGUCCUUCCUGCUCCUCCUGCCACCGUCAGAUGAAGUGUGCACGGCGCCGGGUCAGAAUAACCCGUACUCCCCCCGCUCCGGCUUCCUCACCCUGCCCCUGCAGAUCUUUGAGCUUGUCCACUUUAACACCUACUGCCCCAGUUUCAUCGGCCAGUAUUGCCGAGUGUCGGCUUUGCUGGAGCUGGAGUCCCUUAUGUCGCAGCAGGCGCUACGAGAAGCCUUCUCUGAGGCAGAGCUUCUUGCUGCCAAAAAGAAACACCAGCAGGUCCAGGACCACAUGCAGCAAAUGGAGGAGGUGUGGCGGGACGCCCGGUGGAUUAUGGAUGCUUUGCAGUAUGCGCGCUACAAACAGCCAACAGGAGGCAUCUCUAUAACCUGGAUCAUUGAUUUCUCAAAGGAAGUGAUGCCAGAGAAGCCGCCCUCCACCUCCUCUCAGCUUGAGUUCAUGCCCUCUCCCAUGCCUUCACCUGAACCCUGCCGCAAACACUCAGAUUUUCCGGGUCUAUCAGAUGAAGAAGGUUCCUCUGAAGUCUUCCUCACCACCGACAGUGACUAUGACUCUAGUCGUGCUCAGAGCCCCCGUGAGCUUGACCUGCUACCGCCCUCUCCUCUGUCGUCCUCCGCGCCCCUGGAGCCCCGCGCUUUCCUGCGCAGCGAUGGGAGCAGCUCAGGAGGAGGGUUGUGCCUCGGCGGCGGUGGACGUGGAGUAGGAGCUCUGCGAGGUUCUACGCCCGACGUCCUCCAGGCCUCCGAGCCACAGCUAGGGAGGGAAAGUGAGAGGUACGGAGGAGGUGGAGGACUUCGGUGUGGAGGAGAAAGGCGGAGGGGAGCCCCAGAGCUGUUUGACAGUGACUUCAUCCUGCCCAGCAGGCAGAUCGAGCUGCUGCACAUCACGGAGAAGAGACAGGCCUUCUGCGUGAGAACCAGCAGCCUGGAGUUCCCCUCCACCACAUCAGCCCACCACCGGCCUUACUCCUACCACACCACCUGCUCCUCACCCUCCUCUUCCCCGCAGCAAAGAUGGCACCGGCCCUCGUCCGUGGAUCGCUGCUGUUCCGGCGACCGCUGCCCGCAACUUCCCCCGGCGCGUACUUUAUCAGAGGACAGUGGCACCCAGAGACUCUCCUCGCCGUCGCCGGCAGUGUUUAGGAAAGGCUGUCAUGCCACACUCAGAGUGUACCCACAGUAUCGCACAGGACUGCCAAAGGAGACCAGUGUUAAGCUUUGUGUAACUGCAGGCACAACAGCACGGGAGAUGGUGCAGCUGGUAGUGCAGGAGAUGAACGUUGUGUCUCGGCGCAUGCUGGGUAGUAACAGAGGCAGCGAUGAACAGGAGCAAUGUGUUUACUACAGUCCCGAACAGAUGAAGCACUUUGGCCUUGUGUUGAUUGUAGACAACAGAGAAAAGUGGCUCCAGGAUGAUUUCCGUCCCCUGGAGCUCCAGAACCCCUGGCUAAGGGGGAAACUAUGCGUCCGCAUUAAGGAGUACUCACCGCUAGCCCUCAAACACAGCCGGGCCACCACAGUGUGACACCACUUCCAGGAGCGAGAGGAGGAGCAGAAAGAGGACGGAUGUCGGGAUUUUCUUUUAAAGGAACUGAGCUUUCUUUGUCAUUGUGGGGAUACCGUCCUAAACUGAAGUUCUGAACCAUAUAACAUGUUCUACUUCUUCCCUGUCAUCAGAGAUGCUACAGUGUUGCCAUGGAAUGUGUUCUCCCAUACACUGGACUGUUUUCAUGAACAUCAGCCCCUCAUAUGGAGACAAAAAUAAAGUUAAACAAAGAGAAAAAAGACUUUGUCCCAUAAGAAAUCAUAUGGCAAAGGAAUGUGAUGCUGAGAAAGGUUAAUGGAGCCCCUAUCUGACGUUGGAUCAGGCACAUCAUCACACAC